CUCAGGACCAGCUGACAGGGGCUGAUGCACUGCCCCAUGGUAGAGAGGGGGGGUGGCCAAGGAGUGAGAAUACCCCAAGGUCCUCUCCCAGGAGGCACCCACAGGCCUCUUCCUCUCUCUGCCUUUCUCUCCUUGGCUCCAAGCAGCCACCUAUUUCCAUCUAAGGCCCCUUAGUAUCAAAGCAAACACCUUUCCUGCCACCCUGCAUCCUACCUGAGUAUCCAUUGCCCUCUUGCCUCCAAACUUCCUGUCCUGGGCAGACAGCAGCCCCUCAGUCAACAUUUCUCCACAUGUAGUCCAGGGUCUCUGGCUGCAGGAGAGGGAAACUACAGAGAAAGGGACAUGCAGGCAGAGUUCUGAAAGAUGAAUAAGAGUUCAGCAGGCAGAUAAGGAAGAGGAAAGUACCACAGGAAGAGUUAGAACACAGACACAGGACAGAACACGGUAUGUUCUGGGAACUUCAAGAAGUUUGGAAUGAUUGGAACUUCGUAGGGAAAAAAGCAGGAGGUGAAGUUGGCUACGGUUGGACUCUGGAGGGUUCUAAGUGCCAGACCCUUUGAAGGAGGGCACUACUUCAUCAUGCCCAUUUGCCAGGUUCCUUCACCUGCCACCUGCUGCUGCUCACCGAUCCCCACAAAGAUGGCUGGCCCAUUCGCCUUCACCCUCCUCUGUGGUUUGCUGUCAACUACUUUGGCUGAAACCGCCCUCAACCCCCCUGCAGUGUUUAGCCUCGGCCGAGAAGUCAUCAAAGAAAGGCUGACACAGGAGCUGAAGGACCACAAUGCCAUCGACAUCCUCCAGCAGCUGCCACUGCUCAGCAGCAUACGGGAGAAGCCAGCCGGGGGCAUCCCCAUACUAGGCAAUGUGGUGAAUUCCAUCCUGAACCACAUCAUCUGGUUGAAAGUCACCUCAGCCAACAUCCUGCAGCUGCAGGUGGAACCCUCAGAUGAAGGCCAGGGGCUGACGGUCAAGAUCCCCCUGGACAUGGUGGCUGGACUCAACACGCCCCUGGUCAAGACCAUCGUGGAGAUGCACAUGGAAACAGAGGUCCAAGCCAUCAUCCGAGUGAACACCAAUGAGAGGGGCCACGCCCACCUCGUCCUCGCUGACUGCUCCACUAGCCAGGGGAGCCUGCGCAUCAGCCUGCUGCAUAAGCUCUCCUUCCUGGUCAACUCCUUAGCCAACACGGUCAUGGACUUCCUGGUGCCAGCCCUGCCCAAACUGGUGAAAAUUCAGCUGUGUCCCGUGCUCGAGGCAGCCUUUGAGGACAUGCAUGCAGACCUCAUGAACCUGCUGAGGGUGCCUAUUUCCUUCAGCUCUGACCGUCUGGAGUUUGACCCUCUGUCUCCUGCCAUCAAGGGUAAUGUCAUCCAACUCAAGCUGGGGGCCAAGUUUUCAGACUUCCAGGGAAAUGUGACCAAGUGGUUCAAUGAGUCUGCAGUUUCCCUAACGGUCCCCUACCUGGACACCACCCCUUUCAGCCUCACUGUGAGGCAGGAUGUGGUGAAUGCUGUGGUAGCUUCCUUGCUCCCUCCAGAUGAACUCGUGGUCCUGGUGGACUAUGUGCUUCCUGAGCUGGCCCGCCGGUUGAAGUCAAACAUCAAGACAAUCAGUGAGAAGGCUGCAGAUCAGCUGGGACCCACACAGAUGGUGAAGAUCCUGACUCAGGAGACCCCAGAGCUCCUUCUGGACCAGGGCAGCCCCAAGGUGGCCCAACUGAUCGUGCUGGAAGUGUUCGCCACCAAUGAAGCCCGCCGCCCCUUCUUUACCCUGGGCAUCGAAGCCAGCUCAGAAGCUCAGUUUUACACCAAAGGUGACCGACUUAUGCUCAACUUAAAUGAAAUCAGCUCUGAUCGGAUCCACUUGAUGAACUCAGGCAUUGGCCUGUUCAACCCUGAAGUUUUAGAAAACAUCACCACUGAGAUCCUCAUCUCCGUCCUACUGCCAAAUGAGAACGGCAAAUUAAGAUCCGGAAUCCCCAUAUCAAUUGUGAAGGCCUGGGGAUUCGAGGCAGCUUCAUGCUUUCUUACCAAGGAUGCCCUUGUGGUCACCCCAGCCUCCUCAUAGAACCCCGGACUGCUCUCCUCACUCCCAUGAAGACUUGGAUCAAGGUGGCCAUCCAGGGCAGGCUGGGUCCCAAAGGAAGUAUGGACGCCAGCUCUGUAGACCACCUCUCUCUGCAAUAAAUAAAGAUUUAUCUGUGACUCCUACA